CACUCAUCUCUUACUGAGCUCUCCUGCUCCUUCUGUAUCUCAACGUCACCCCUCCAAGACAACAGCAACCAUGAGUGUCAGAAUGUCUAGCUACAGCAGCGGUCCAAGCUUAGGUGGUGGUAUUAGCAGUGGAUCUAUCAGAAGAAGCUUUUCAAGUAGGUCUGCCAGUGCAGCACCCAUCGGACAGAUGAGCUCAGUGUCAGUACGUCGGUCGGCUGUCGGAGGCGGCGGCUUCCAGUAUGGAUCGGGAAGCAGCCACAGCAUGAGCGGAGGUUACGGAGGAGGCGUGGCUGUUGGAGGAGGCUUCGGAGGAGGUUAUGGCUUUGGUGGAGGCCUCGGCGCAGGCAUUGGUGCAGGACUCGGUGCAGGAAUUGGAGGUUUUGGUGGAGGUCUAGGUGGAGCCUAUGGUGGAGGUUAUGGCGGAGGUAUUGGUGGAGGUUAUGGCGGAGGUACUGGCGGAGGUGUAGGUAUGCCACCCAUCACAUCCAUCACGAUCAACCCCAGCCUCCUAGCCCCUCUUAACCUAGAGAUCGACCCCAACAUCCAGCUUGUCCGUACCCAGGAGAAGGAUCAGAUCAAGAACCUCAACAACCGCUUUGCUUCCUUUAUUGACAAGGUGCGGGUUCUGGAGCAACAGAACAAAGUUCUUGAGACAAAAUGGACUCUGCUACAGGAACAGACCACCAGCCGCUCCAACAUCGACACCAUGUUCGAAGCCUACAUCGUAAACCUGCGCAGACAACUGGACGGACUUGGCAAUGACAAGCUGAAGCUGGAGGGAGAACUGAAGAACAUGCAGAAUAUGGUGGAGGACUUUAAAACCAAGUAUGAGACAGAAAUCAACAAGCGUGCCGGAGCGGAGAAUGAAUUUGUCCUGCUCAAGAAGGACGUUGACUCUGCCUACAUGAACAAGAUUGAGCUCGAGGUCAAAGUUGAGGCUCUUCAAGAUGAAAUCAACUUCCUCCGUGCCAUCUAUGAGGAGGAGCUGUGUGAUCUUCAGGGACAAAUCAAAGACACAAUGGUUGUUGUGGAAAUGGACAACAGUCGCAACUUGGACAUGGAGGCCAUCGUCGCUGAAGUCCGUGCUCAGUAUGAGGACAUCGCCAACCGGAGCCGAGCCGAGGCCGAGAUGUGGUACAAACAGAAGUUUGAAGAGAUCCAAACAUCUGCCGGCCAAUAUGGAGAGGACCUCCGCAGCACCAAGGUUGAGAUCGCUGAGCUCAGCCGCAUGAUCAGCCGACUACAGAAUGAAAUUGAAGCUGUUAAGGGACAGCGUGUCAGCCUUGAAACUCAGAUCACUGAGGCCGAGGAGCAUGGGGAGCUUUCAGUGCAGGAAGCCACGCUCCGCAUUAGACAAUUGGAAACGGCUCUACAGAAAGCCAAGCAGGACAUGGCUCGCCAGGUGCAUGAGUACCAGGACCUCAUGAACGUCAAACUGGCCUUGGACAUUGAGAUCGCCACCUACAGGAAACUUCUGGAGGGAGAGGAAAGCAGGAUUGCGACUGGUGGCAGCGCUGCCACCAUCCACAUACAGGAGUCGGGAGUGAGCUCCAGUAGCGGAGGCGGUGGAUUCGGCUUGGGAGCAGGAAUCGGAAUGGGCGGCGGUGCCGGAAGCGGAUUCGGUUUCGGCAGCGGAUUCGGAUAUGGCAGUGGUGCGGGAAUGUCCUACGGCAGUGGCGGGGGAAUGUCCUACGGCAGUGGCGGAGGAAUGUCCUACGGCAGUGGCGGAGGAAUGUCCUAUGGCAGCGGUAGCCUGACCGGUGGUAUGGGAGGUGGCAGCAGAUCGAUCUCAAUGUCCCGCUCCUCUAUGGUCCAUGGAGGACUCAGGACCCUUCAAUAAGCCAAAAAAUAAACGUCAAUCCAUUUCCCACAUGGCAACAUGCUCUAAUCCAUGUUCUUUUUAAAUAUUUGCCCAAAGUCCUUGAGCAUUUGUCAACAUUAUUAAUGUGUUCACCCACCCAAAACCUACCAUCAACCAAAGAGACAUUCACUGUGUUUGAUUUUUUUUUUUUGUCGUCACUAACUCCAACGGUUAGUACCUUUUUGUCCUGUAGGGGGCACUUGAAGGGAUAAAAGCAGCUUAUGAGAAAUCUAACAAGAAGCUCAAGUUAUUUUAGAAUAACUAGUGUUUAUUACUUUUAUUACUGUGUCAUGACACACAGUGAAUGUGUUUUUUUCGAAAGGGAUUUAGAGAAAUUAUGUGAAGCAACUCCACUGUUUAAGAAGCAACUCCACUGUUUAAGAAGCAACUCCACUGUUUUCUUUCCCUCAUUUGAGCUGUUUUUAUGCUGUCACAUUAUAUAAUUGUAUUCAUUAAAGCUCAUGGUCCACAUGUACCACAUUCAUACACCAAUAAAUCAGGGUUACAUAUACAA